GCCUAUGAGGCGGCGCGGAGGGCGGGGCGGCGGCCGGGCAAGAUGGCGAAGACGUACGACUAUCUCUUCAAGCUGCUGCUCAUCGGCGACUCGGGUGUGGGGAAGACGUGCGCGCUCUUCCGCUUCUCCGAGGACGCCUUCAACGCCACCUUCAUCUCCACCAUCGGCAUCGAUUUUAAAAUUAGGACCAUAGAGCUAGAUGGGAAGAGAAUUAAGCUGCAGAUCUGGGAUACAGCUGGGCAGGAGCGAUUUCGAACCAUCACAACAGCGUACUACAGGGGAGCAAUGGGCAUUAUGUUAGUCUAUGACAUCACCAAUGAAAAAUCUUUUGAAAAUAUUCGGAACUGGGUCAGGAACAUUGAAGAGCACGCCUCUCCGGAUGUUGAAAAAAUGAUCCUUGGGAACAAAUGUGAUGCAAAUGACAAAAGACAAGUUUCUAGAGAGCAGGGGGAGAAGCUUGCAGCCAGCUUUGGAAUUAAAUUUAUGGAGACCAGUGCAAAAGCGAAUAUAAACAUAGAGAAUGCAUUUUUCACUCUUGCCAGAGAUAUCAAAGCAAAAAUGGACAAGAAGUUGGAAGGCAAUAGCCCACAAGGCAGCAACCAGGGAGUCAAAAUCACACCAGACCAGCAAAAGAAAAGCAGCUUUUUCCGAUGUGUUCUUCUGUGAGGGACACGGCCUUAAUCUGAGCAUCUGCUCAACUGAACUGGACUGUGCCUGUUCUGAGUGAGACUUCCUCUGUCUGUGGACUUAGCAUUUUCAACACACAUUGUCACUUUGUGACCAUCUGAAUAAGAAAUUGUUUAUUUUAGUAAUUGUCUGACUCUUCAAUUUUGGAGAUGAAACAAGUUUAUUUUUGUCAGAUUGCCACUGGGCAUGUGUAUUGUCUAGCAGAGGGAAUACAGAUCAAACGUGACCUGUAAUAGCACCUUUGCUGACAGGCUUCAAUCCUAUUGUUCAUAUCUGUAAUGUAUCCAAAAUAGAUUAAGUUAUGAUCAAAAUAAGAAACUGAAAUGCCAAUAUUAAUAAAGGACAGGUAUGUGUACAUGAUACAUGUGCAUAUCCAUAUCUAGAUGCAUAUAAAACAGUUGCAUCGGAACAUCAAAUAAAUGCACUUAAGCAAGCAGUACAGGUGUAUAUAUACCUUUUCGGAAGGUAGAAGGAAGCUUUCUACAUCUCCAUCAUUUUGCUACUACAGAGUAAAUCCUUAAUCUGCCUAAUUACUCAAUUGUGUUUUUCUAGACAAUCCACAAGUACAAUUAGAGUAAAAAAAUAAAAGGAAUCUAUUCUACAAAGUACUGUAGAUGUAAUGGUUCCUUACCAUCAGGAAUUUCUUUAUCUGUGUUAAAGAUGACCAUGCUUAAUUAAAUAAUCCACACAUUUAACAGGAGAUAAUAGCUACAGUGUGUCCCAUGCAAACGAUCUGUGGUCUGUUUUUGCAGAAACAGACUGCAGGGACAUGUAUUUCAGCAGAUAACAUCACAGUGGACAGCUUUUCCUUCUCCAGUUGAGAAUGACUCCAGAAGUGUCAUGAUGUAGUAGCUAGUUAUAAAUUGUGACAAGAAAAUGUAUUGCACUGCUUCCAGUUGUGUGUUCUCAUGCACACUUGCUCACAUAUGCAAAUAAAUGUUGCACAUAUGAACACUUUCUGAAAACUUUUUAAACUGAGAUUUGCCUUGCUGCAGUGUAUCGAUCAGUUCAGAUUCCAAGCAGCAGCAAACCUGUUAAUAGCGUGCAUCAAUGCAAAUGAUAUUUAGUUCUCAGUGGAAAUAUUUAUUCUUAUAAACAUGGUCUCGUACAUUCCGAUGUGUAAAAUGUAACAGCCUAGUAAAGCACCUAGGUAGCCAGUUGCUCUCAGUUCCGAGCUGUAAGCCUGACUCUAGUUAGAUUGAUAAAAGGAGCCAGUAAGAGCAAUCUACUUAGAAGUCUGCUGUCAAGUAAUUGGAAUUCUGGUAAAUGUGACCCAAAUGAACAUGUCACCUGUGUCCUGCAACUCACUGGAUUUGUUAACGUGCUGCUUUGUUUACAUUGACAACUGCACUUAAGGGUAAAAUUAAAGCUCAUCUUAAAGUUAAUGAAUUUACUUACCAGCUUUGCUUUCUUCAAGUUUGUGGUAUUACAUUCAGGCCUCAAAGUAGCACUGUUAAGUGUUACUGUAGUUAAUUACGAAUCUGAUAGAUAUUUAAACUUUAUAAAUCUGCAGCAUGCAAUGGGGCUCAACAGGAAUAUUGCCCCUUUUUCUAAAAUAAAAAGAAAUUUUAUUGCGUAAGUUACUGGAUUAUAAAAACACUUUUUAUAUGCCACCAACUUCUUUCUUUUAACAGCUAGCAGAUUAAAAUGAGCUCUGUUCAUUAUUAAAAUCAUAUGUAAGACUUUCCUCUAACCAGUACCUUAUGAUGUUUUGUUCUUGUUUGUUUGUGUGUUUGCUUGUGGCUUUUUAGAGUGAGGACGUGGUGAGCAUGCACCAUACUGAAUUACAUGCAGAUGCAUUUGUAGGAUAAAAUCAGUGUGUGCUUCAAAGGGUAGGUAAUACACAGCUGUAGAUUGGGCAAGCAACGCUACUAUCUUCAUAUAAGGAUGCUUU